CCCACGGUCCUCACUUUCAGGAUCCAGUCCUACGUACCAAUCUACCUGCUGUCCUCAUGCACUUUGAUUAUACUGUAGCACUUAGCACCAUGACCAAGAUCUCUAUUCAUUUAAGUGAUCAGAUUAGGGCUUUCAGGAGGAAGGGAAAAUCUACUGAGGACAUUUCAAAAAUACUGUUAGAUUUGGGGAUUACAGUCACGGACAGUGCUAUUCGAAAACACUAUCGUCAGAUGCCUGUUUUACGCCGAACGCGAAAGCCCAGGAAAAUGAACAGAUGGUAUACCAUUUCCAGCAAGACUAUUCAAGCCAUCUACUCACUGAUUGAUGAAGAUGAUGAGCGAUCGGCGAAGGAGAUCAGGAAGCUGUUGGCAUCACAGCACAACAUCAACAUUGCUCUAAUCACAGUCAGAAGGCAGUUGAAGAAACUUGGGUGGAUUUAUAAGAAUAAGGCUCGUUUCGACCCAAUGAAAAAACGCAUGGCUCCAAAGAAAGCGGCCAUGAUAGAUGGGGGCCCAGCGCAGUACCAUUCCGCUCAGCUGAUGAAGUUGCACAUGGAGCAGAUUCAAACUUUGAAAACUGACAUCGAGUCAUUGAAGGUAGACCAGCAGAAAGAGACAUAUUCUCUGAGGGCAGAGAUACGGGCUACGGCUGAUGCAUUGGUCCAGAGCCAGGUGGCAUUGACAGAGUGCCAGGCCGCAUUGGUGGAGAGUCAGACAGAGAAUGGCUCGUUGAAGAGGGCGAAGGAAGAGAUGAUGGAGUCACAAUUCAUGCCAAUCCAUGUGAGCUCCGGAACUCCACUUCCGACAGGCAGUUCGUCAGUUCACCCUGACAUUUCCAUUCCUCCACUGACACCAGAACGUAACGAACUGCUCACCGAGCACAGCAUGGGCCGCCCGGACCGUUAUGCUGUUGUGCUAUUCCAAGAAUGCGUAACCAAAGAGAGAUAUCGCGAGUGGGCACAGAAUACCAAUUGGGAUGGAUCCAGAGGCAAAUUUGGCUUACCAGUGAAUCUCCGAGUGUUCAUCAUGAAAAAUGUGUCUCAGAUGUUUCUCUCCUUGAGUGAUGCAACCCGAAAAAGCAUAAAAGAUAGAGUAAAUGAAUAUUUGAGGAAGCCGAGGAAGUCUGGAUAUGGCAUGGCCCGUUUUCCUUGAAUUAGGCAUAUGUCUACAGUACGUAGGCUAGUAAAAUUAUAGUUGCCCUGUUUGUUUUUGUCACACUUUACAGUGGCCUAAUAAACAUCCAUAUUUUUAUUUUUAUUUGUAUCGAACUCAAUAAGAUACAUUCUACUACUGUAGAUAGGGACCGUCAUUGUAAAUAAGAAUUUGUUCUUUAACUGACUUGUCUAGUUAAAUAAAGUUUAAAUAAAAAAAUAAUACAAAUAAAAUAUGCUGUGUUUAAAUUAGUUUGAAUACAGUACUGGGCUUACAGUAGUGAUGGACAUAGGUCACAAUCAAUUCAUGCCUUGACGAACCAUUAAAUUGGCUAGCUGAAACCCU